GCCGUAGAUUUCCGUCAAUUUGUAGUCAAGUUCGCUGCUAAGUUUGUUUUCAUCACUUAUCAGAGACGAUAAUAUAUUGGGUACAUAGUGAGCAAAGAUAAAAGUCAAGUUACUAAGUGGUUACUUAAAUAAAAAAUAAAUUCUUGUCAAUGGAUAGUCAAAUUACUGGAGAUGGCAGGCUUUUAGAAUUAAUUGAUGAAGCUUGGAGAAAAGAACGACUACCUAUUGAUGACAUAGUCGUUCCAUCAUCAGAAUUACCAGAUCCUGAAAGUGAUAAUGGAGAUUCGCACAUGACUCUGAGAGAGUUAGAACAAAAGUGGAGCAAUUUAGCCCUUGGCACAUUUAGUGAAAAUCAUUUUCACUCACCUACUCCUUCACACAAUUAAAAAAUAUACUUUUAAUAUCAUGGAAUUACCACAAGUAGGCAAGCAGUGCAGUAUAGAAUUUUGCAAACAAAAUGAUUUUUUAAUCAUCACCUGUGCGCA